UCGACGUCCACUGUUUCCACCCCGAACGGUUCCACGGCCCUCCACGUAGCGACAAACGCAAGAAGUACUGAGAAGAAUGUCAGAGGAACGAUCGAAAGGUAUCUCGCUGCGCAAGAAGCGCACGCAGCGCAUCAAAGGCGGCGCGCCUGCAUCCCAACGCCCGACAAUCAGCGGUCCUGUUGGCCUAGCUCCUGCACAGAACUCGGGACGUCCUUCGCAGGAAUCGAGUCGCUCAGCACGGAGACCCGAUGCUCCCCGGGAGCGGCCGCGAGGGGCCGACAGGACGGCCGAAUUGGUCAAGAAGAGGUAUUCGCAGAAGAUCACGCAGCUCCCUAGUGACUUCGGAAAUGGCGCCCCUAUGCCUAGUAUGCCCCAGAUUCCGAGCCAGUAUCGAAUGGGACCGCCAAGUAAAGAGGCUAGGUCUGAGACCGCGGAUGGAAGGGCUUUGGAGCUGGAUAUGAGGGCUCUGCAGGAUCCGAAGCUGGAGGUGAAUCAAUAUGUAUCGAAUCUCCUGGCAGAUGCCACUGAAAGCGAUAUCCGCCGUUUCCAGAAUGACCUUCGCAAAGCGAAGAACAACACCUCUCACGAGCUUCAGGAGACGAUGAUUCGCAACCGAACACAAUUCAUUAAGAUCAGCAAAGAGGCGGAGAAGCUCAAAGGCGAGAUGCGGACACUCCGCCAGCUCAUGUCUGAAUUGACCACUACAUUAGCGCAGACAACGUCUGCUGCGGGCGCCAAUGGUGACGCUAUGUCUGCGAGGAAGGCCGCUAACAGAAGCUCCGUUGCUAAUCUAGAGGCGCUGUGGAAUUCCCAUCUACAAGAGCUGUGGAAGCGUGUCGAAGGGUCUCAAAAAUAUCUUCCCGCCAUUCCUGGACGACAUAUUGUGUGGGAAUCGGGCAAAUGGGUCGAACUGAAUGCAGCUACAUGGAAAGCCAGACGGAGAGUGCAUCUCAUCUUACUCAAUGACCACCUCCUGGUGGCUGCUGAGAAGAAGACUAGAGCUGAUAUGCCCGCUCAGAACAACCCCCGCGAGAAAAAGAGUAUAGGGAAAGAAUGGGUUGCUCAGAGAUGCUGGCCGCUGCAAGAUGUGCAGAUUGCCGACAUCUCGUCUCGCACAAAACCGGGAGGACAGGAAAGCAGGGGAGCUUCAAAUGCGGUUAACAUCCGUGUUGGGAGUGAAUCCUUUACCUUUGCUGUUCAUCAGGGAGACGUGACCGAGAAGAAUUCCCUCCUUUCGACGUUCCGCAAGGCACUGGAGGAUCUGCGAAAGAGCACCGAAGCAGGCACAGACGAUAGGGGAAGAGCCCGAGAUUCAGUGAACUACUUCGCUGCCCGGGAUCUCAACAUUCUCAAAAAGACCGACCUCUUGCAAACGAUCUCCGAGAAUGCGGCCAACAACCGCGCCAGCGUAUUCGUCGAUGUCGACGGAAAACAGCAAACAAUCCGCUCGGUAGAGAACCAGCUCGACGAUCUGGACAUCGAUAUCGCGCUCCAGCGAUUCGAAGAUGCUGUCCCGAAGGUCGAGCGACUGAAGACGCUGGCGAAGAAUAUCCGCGGGAAUGCCAUGGCUCAGGGGCUUGUCACUUUCAAAGUUAACGAGCGGGCUGCGAAACUUGCGAACGUGUUGAUCAAACAGCUUGUGGAGAAUAACUCCUGGACCACGACUGUUCAGCAACAUGUCACAUGGAUUGUUAAGCUGGGCUUUGAAGGAAGGGCAAGAGAGGCAUAUCUAGAGGCACGAAGCGAAGUUAUCAGGAAACGAUCCCGCCAAGUAAUUUUCGAAGGCGACCUUGAAACCUACAUCUUCCAACUCUCCUUCAUCUACUUCACCAUCAUCAGAAACACAGUCGACAUCUACCAAAAGUGCUUCCCGCAAGUUCUCAUGUCCGCCUGCGUGAAGUGGGCGAAAGAACACGUCGAUGACUUCAACACUCUUCUGGCGAGGCAACUAAGUAGUGUGGAAAAGGAAGGGCCAGUGUGGCAGAAAUGCAUGGAGCAGGCGUUGGAGCAUGCCGCCAUGUUGGGAGAGGUGGGAUUGGAUUUUAGGGAGUUGAUUGGAAAGAGUGUGGAUGCGACACAGGGAGGGGAGGGAAAGCCGGUGGGGUUAGGCGUGACGACGUGAGGGUGACUGAUGUGGUGUCCCCACUGGGGCGAGGGUUUUUGAUGGGAUGACUUAGGCUCUUCGGGGUGUGAUUGGGUUGACAAUUUCUAAACGGGUGAUACCCCUUUCAGCGCUGUACAUACGUUAACUGGCAAUAGAUAGAUAUCUAUCAAGUUCUUAUUGUGGC